GGCGAGCAACGCGUUGUGCUCAUACGCAGCAACCUCAAGGGGCUGUGCAAAUCCAGCGUGCCGAAGGAGUAUGGCCUCAUCUCGGACAAGCCUGGUGACCAGACCAGGCCAUGCUUCCAUCGAGUCGGAGCCCUGGUACAUGACCUUGGCUACAUCUUCCCUGGCGAUAUCAUGGGCCGCGUUGAUGGCAGUGCUCCAUUCAAGCGUCCGAUCUUCGCCGAGAUCAUUAAAGAGACUUUCUUCUCACCCCGCCGUGGCAAGCCUUCACUUGCAGUUGCUCACUCCGUCCGGUUUGUGUCAUCCAGCACUGAGAAGCCACUCGAGAAGGAAAUUCCCGUACCAAUGCUUGCUCUCGCGAGUGCUGCGAUCCGGCUGACUUUAGAUGACUGGGCAGGUGGUAUCGAGCCAGCGGAGGCCUCGAAAUACACCGCUGCCAAGGCCGAGGAAGAAUACAACAACGUCAUCGAGUUCUUCGACGACCUUCGCAAGAACCGUCCAAGAUUCUACCACCGCAUCCUUCAUCAAGUUUAUGUUGACGUCUGCUCCAGUGGUCUCGCUGCUACUCCGGCACCCCAAAGAUCAAAGCAGGCCAUGCGUGGGGCGCUUGCGCGUCUUGUCUUUGAUGACUAG